UCUGGUAGUUGGAUUUGGAAGUCGCUAUGUAAACUCAGGCAAUUAGCUCGACCGUUUGUGGUCUGUGAGGUGGGUUCAGGUAGAACCGCAAGCUUCUGGCAUGAUAAUUGGACCUCCUUAGGCUCCCUAAUAAACAUGACGGGUGAGAGGGGGCCGAGGUUGAGUGGUCUGCCAGUGGACGCGGUGGUAAGAGACGCAUGGGUUGAUAACAACUGGUGGGUCAGCUCUUCAAGAUCAAGGAAUCCGGUUAUAAGCUUUCUAAAGAAUUGUUUACCUGAUCCCCGAGCAAUGGUGUUGUCUGAGGAGAAGGACAACUUUUUAUGGCAAAUUGGAGAUAGGACUCCUGUUCCAGAUUUCUCUACUGCUCUUAUGUGGACUCACCUCUAUGAUCGGCUUCCGGAAGUGACUUGGCACAAGUCUAUAUGGUUCAAAGGAAGGAUACCGAAGCAUGCGUUUCUUUCUUGGUUAAUAGCUCUAAACAGAUUAUCGACAAAAGACAGGAUGAGCCAAUGGGGAGUGCCAGUCUCCUCCACUUGUUUGUUGUGCGGUUCUGCUGAUGAAACACGCCAACAUCUAUUCUUGGAAUGCGAUUACAGCAAGGAGGUCCAUACCUUCUUCUUUUCUCCGGCCCAUCUCUCCCCUCCUCCACUGAUCAUGGAUGUUCUAGGCUGGAUCAAAGCUCCCACUCGGGAUAGUAACAUCAACCUGAUCCUAAAGCUCACCUUUCAAGCUUCUCUCUAUAUGCUUUGGAAAGAAAGAAACUCAAGAAUGCAUAAUCAGUCUUCUCGACCGGCAGCUUCUAUCAUACAAGAGAUCCAACGACUGUUACGAGCAAAGAUGGACAUUCUCUCCAGGGAACAGAGGAAUCUGCCUACCACGGUCACUUUUUUAUCUACUUGGCGUCGCCUUUAUAUUAGCUCGUAGGUAGAGUUUUUUUUUUUGAGUUUUGAGUUGAGUCUUGUAAGUAGAUCAGAUGGUCUGCGGUUUUGGAGCUGUACAAAAAAUAAUAUGAAUAAAGUAUGUUUAAAAAAAAAAAAAAAAAAAAAAACAGUGAAAAAAAAAAAAAAAAAAUA